AUGGACUCUGCACGAAUCAACCACAAGCACAAUGUGCAGGUGUUGGCUAUUAUGGCCCAAACUGUUGCACUGCUGGUCAUCACUGUGUUGCGUCUAUGUGUCAGCUAUGCCGAAGAUCAUACUGCCCUACCUAGACAACGGAUCAAAUCUCCGUUGGCCGUCUCAGAAAUCGCCUCACCAGCAGCCACAGCUCUUCCUCCAGUAUCAAGCUAUGUAUUGAAUACGAACGGGCAAUGGGAUAGUGCCAUUUCAAAGGCCAGAUCCUUGGUCUCGAAAAUGUCGAUAGAGGAGAAAGUCAAUAUUACAACGGGUAUGGGUUGGCAAGAGGGUCGCUGUCUAGGUAACACGCCACCAAUCCCACGCCUUAACUUCACUGGACUCUGCCUUCAAGACUCGCCAGCCGGAAUCCGUUUUACAAAGGGUAUUUCUGUAUUCCCCUCUGGCAUCAACACAGCUGCUACAUUCGAUAAGAAACUUAUGUACGACAGAGCGAAAACCUUGGGAGAAGAAUUCAGAGCAAAGGGUGUGAAUGUGGCCUUGACACCUAUGAUGAACUUAAUGCGAUCUCCUUAUGCUGGUCGUAACUGGGAAGGUGCAGGAGAGGAUCCUUACCUUGUCGGUGUUGUUGCUUCGCUGACAGUCAAAGGUAUCCAGAAGAAUGGCGUCAUUGCUACGGCUAAGCAUUUUGCUGGAAACGAACAGGAGACAAACAGAAACUCUUAUUCAUCUUACAUUAGUGAUCGUGCUAUGCAUGAGUUAUACAUGUGGCCAUUCCGUGAGUCGGUUGAAGCUGGAGUUGGAAGCAUUAUGUGCAGUUACAACAAAGUCAAUGGAACAUAUGCGUGCGAAAACGACAAACUCAUCAACGGAUUACUCAAGGGGGAACUCGGAUUCCGUGGCUUUGUGCAAAGCGAUUGGUCCGCAACCAUGUCUACUUUGCCAAGUGCCAACGGAGGAUUGGAUAUGACAAUGCCUGGAGAUAUUCAAUUCCACUCUGGUGACAGCUACUACGGAAAGAAUUUGACAAAGGCUGUUGUUAAUGGACUAGUUAAGGAUUCUAGGUUGAAUGAUAUGGCCGUAAGAGUACUAUCUACUUGGUACAUGGCUGGUCAAGACAAGGACUAUCCUGAGACCAACUUUGACAGCUGGGACUUAGUUCCUGAGAAGUUUGUUGACGUUCAAGGAACACAUGCUCAGGUUAUUCGCCAGGUAGCAGCUGCUUCUGUUAUCUUGCUGAGGAAUGAACAGAAGACUCUACCAUUGCAAAAUAUCAAAAGAUUGGGAGUCAUCGGUGAUGACGCCGGAGCAAAUGCAGGCGGACCAAACUCUUGCGAAGAUAGAGGUUGCGACCGUGGUACUCUUGCAAUUGGUUGGGGUUCUGGAACUGCAGAGUUCCCGUACUUGGUCACCCCGUUCGAUGGUAUCAGUAGUCGCGCAGGAAAACAAUUCAAGAUUAUUCCAUCUCUUGAUGAUUACGAUUACGAUUACGCUGCCAAAGUCGCUUCUGAAGUAGAUGUUGCACUGGUAUUUGCCAACGCUGAUUCAGGAGAAGAAUUUGUCACAGUCGAAGAGAACGUUGGAGACCGCUCGCAUCUCCAACUGUGGCAUAACACUGAGAAAUUGAUCAAAACUGUUGCCGACGUCAACCCCAGAACCGUUGUUGUGGUACACGCUGUCGGUCCAGUCGAUAUGGAAUGGGCUAACCAUCCAAAUAUUUCCGCCAUUGUUUGGGCUGGUCUUCCAGGUCAAGAAUCCGGUAACGCUCUGGCUGAUGUACUUUUUGGUGACGUUAACCCGUCUGGACGCUUGCCAUAUACAAUUGCCAAAGCCACCAGUGACUAUCCCGUUAGAAUUGAGAAGAGCAAAGAUAUCAAGUAUACAGAAGAUCUUCGUUUGGGCUACCGAUGGUUUGAGUCAGGGCAUGUAGAUCCCAUGUUUGAAUUUGGUUACGGUCUCUCCUAUACUCAAUUCAACUAUACCGAUGUCACCAUCGACAAGAAGGGUUACAAUGUGGAGGUCAACGUCACGUUGCAAAAUGUAGGUGGUGUGGACGGAGCUGAGGUACCUCAACUCUAUCUUGAGUUCCCAAGCGAAGCCGAUCAACCAUCCAAGAUUCUACGAGGCUUCGAAAAGGUGUUUUUGAAAGCUGGCCAAAAGCAGACAACCACCUUCAAUCUUGAUUCCAAGUUGAUUAGCUACUGGAACGUCGAAAGUCAAAAGUGGGUCGUCUCAAAGGGUGAUUACAUCGUUCACCUUGGCGCAUCAAUCAGAGAUAUCCGCCAAAAAAUCACAUUCACCAUAUAG